AUGCAGACCAGUACCACUGUGGAUGAGGCCUUGUCUAAGCGGCUCCAGCUCUCACCCGGAUUUGUGGAAAAGCUCCUGCCGCAGGUGGUGGAUUUGGUGAGAUACUCCAAACUCUUGCCGCAAGGGGAAGAGCACGCCAUUCGAAGGGGCUCGAGAGACUUCUUGGCGUCCGCCAAAGACUUGGGAUUUCGUUCAUUGCAGGCAGCUCAUCAAAUUUUCAGCUUCUCGGAGUCGAUUCAAAAGAACACCAACCCAGAGCUUCUCAGCGCCAUGGCAUCAAUGGCCUCGCGCUUUGCAGCGUUGCGAGCGGGUCGUUGCGUGCUGUUGGUGCAGGCUCCGCUCCGGCGAGGUUUCUCGUCCAGUGAUGGCAGGAAGCUGGGUCCUUUGGCAGGUGUCAAGGUGCUGGAUAUGACCAGGGUGCUGGCAGGACCAUGCUGCACGCAGAUCUUGGGCGAUCUGGGCGCCGAGAUCAUCAAGUUGGAGCGACCCAAAGUGGGCGACGACACCCGAGGCUUUGCCCCACCCUUCCUGCCAGGGGCCGAAGAGGCGCCGAUGGCGGCCUACUUUGCCGCGCAGAACCGGAACAAAAGCUCUGUGACGCUGAACUAUACCAAGCCUGAGGGCCAGGAGAUCGUGAAGCGGCUGCUGAAAUCCAGCGACGUCAUGGUCGAAAAUUUCAAGGCAGGUACGCUGGAGAAGUAUGGUCUCAGUUACCGGCACCUGAAGGAGGAGUUUCCAUCCUUGGUCUACUGUUCCAUUACUGGCUUCGGGCAGACAGGACCCUACAGCCCCCGCCCUGGUUACGAUGCAUUGGUGCAGGCCAUGGGUGGCUACAUGAGUGUCACCGGUGAACCCGAAGGGGAACCCAUGAAAGUGGGCGUGCCGGUGCAAGAUUUGUACGCCGGGCUACAUGGUGUGAUUGGAAUCCUGGCUGCCUUGCGACAUGCAUCCCUGACCGGUGAAGGACAACAUGUUGACAUUGGCAUGCUGGAUGUGAGCACUUCCAUGCUGGCCAACCAAGCAAGCAAUUUCUUGGCCACAGGCGAAGUGCCCAAGCGCUUGGGAAAUCAACAUCCCAACAUCGUUCCGUACCAGGUGAUGCCAGCGGCAGAUGGAUACUUCACCUUGGCCGUAGGCAACGACCCCACAUUUGAGCGAUUCAUCUCGGUGGCUAUCAAGGCAGCUCCAGAAGCCAACGCUGAGAAGUUGUUGGAAGAUGAUCGCUUCAAGACACAGACAGCACGGGUGGACAACCGGAAGCUGGUCACGGACACCUGCAAUGACAUCACCAGGAAAAAACCCGUGGCUUGGUGGUUGGAUGAGUUGGAGAAAGCCAGCGUUGGCUGCUCUCCCAUCAAGAACCUGAAGGAAGUCUUCGAUGAUCCGCAUGUGAAAGCGAGGGAGAUGCUGAUCGAAAUGCCCAUCAAAGGGCACCAGAAACCGGCCAAGUUGGUGGCUUCGCCGCUGAAGUUCUCCGCGACGCCGGCCUCCUACCGCAGCGCGCCGCCGCAACUGGGGGAACACACUGAGGAGGAUCUGAAAAACUUCAAUCUCCUGGUGGACAGCAUUGAUGACAUCUUGGAGCGUGCGGAUAAGCAUCUCAGGGACGCCGCUGCUGGUGUGCAAAGAGAGGAGGUGGCAGAAGAGGAGGAAGCACCUGCUGCAGGACCGGCCGGUCCUCAACCUGGGAGCCGAUUGCCGAAGCCGCAGGUGCGCUGGCGACAUCUCAUAGACAACCAUCGGACGCACUUUGUUCCGAGAUUGCUGGUGAAGCACAACGAGUCCGAGUCUCCCUUGGCGCCAAAGCUUGUGGAAGCGCAGGAGAAGGUUGGAAUCAGACCCGCAUCUGCUGGCAGUGGCGGGAAGACCGCGGAGACACCAGAGCUGUCAUCACAUCUGGCGGCCAUGGGGGUUGGAAAUCGACCCCAGGACUUGGCUCUGGCGCAUCCAUACGAAGAGGAACUGAAUGGUCUCAGUUGGCCUGACAGCUUUUUUCAGUGCCAGCCGGCUCAGCGCUACCCCCGGGUGGAGGACACCCCACUGAUCCUGGUGCGCACGGAAUCGGAGCUAAAGGAGAUGAUCUCAGAGAUCAAAGCCACCUGCGUUGGCAAAGAGAUCGCGGUGGACGUGGAACACCACGAUUUCAGGUCUUACAGGGGCUUCGUUUGCCUGGUCCAGGUGUCAACCAGACAAAAGGAUUUCUUAUUGGAUCCUUUUGAGAUCUUUGAGCAGAUGCACUUGUUGAACGAGAUCUUUUCGGACCCGCGCAUCCUGAAAGUGCUGCAUGGCGCGGAUCGGGAUGUUCUGUGGCUCCAACGAGAUUUCUCGGUCUAUUUGGUGAACAUGUUCGAUACUGGCUUGGCCACACGUGCGCUGCGGCUUCAAGGUGGCUUCUCUCUGGCCAACCUGGUGUCGCACUUUUGUGGAGUGAAACUGGAUAAGAAGUACCAGACAGCGGAUUGGAGGGAACGACCCCUUCCACAGGAGAUGGUGUACUACGCACGUGCAGAUACUCACUACUUGCUAUUCUGUUAUGAUUGCUUGAAGAAUGCUUUGCUGGCGCAGAGCGGCAUGGCCUCGACCAGUGGAGUGAACUUGGGCAUCACCACGUUGGAAAGUGGAGAUCUUCAAGCAACAGAAGAGGGUGUGCAAGCCUUGCAAGGGGUGAUGCAGAAGAGUGCUGCACUCUGCGGAACGGCCUACAGGGAAGCACCACUGGAUGCCGGUGAAUUGGCCAUGUCGCUCUGUGAACGUUUUGGGUCCAAGCAACGCCCCCUGGAGCCGAAGCAAAUGAACGCCUUGAAGGCACUCACCGAGUGGAGAGAUUUGUUGGCCCGGAAUCUGGAUGAGUCCCUGAACUAUGUAGCGCCAGAUGCGUGUCUCUGGCGCAUUUGCCUCGCGAUGCCCACUUCGCCUGUCAAGCUCCGCCAGACCCGCUCAGACCAGCAGACCUCAAAAUCAUGGAAUCAAUGGCUUGGUUUAAGGCCAACAAACAUAUUCAGGAAACCAUGGUUCCCCUUGUUUCCCUUCAAUUCUGGACAAUUUCACAACAUUUCUAAACCCAUGGUGUUUUUUUUCUUGUUGCUUCACUUCGUGUCCGGAAAGCCGUUCGAAAGAGACGGGGCAUGUUGGAAGUUUCAACGACAGCGAGGCAGCACUUGCAACCCCUUGCCAGCGACCUUGCAGCAACAUGCGCAGGAGGCAUCCAGGAUGUGCAUCCCAGUUAUGCGGUGCUACACACAUGUAUAUAUAUAUAUUUAUAAUAUAAUAUAUAUAUAUACAUACAUGAUAUUACACACAUAUAUAUAUAUAUAUACAUACAUAUAUGUGUUAAAACCACAUCUAACUGGGGGUGCAACAUGGUUUAUUUGCCACUUACCUUGCUGGAUGGGCUUUGGAUAG